UUCAUUCUCAUUUUGUGCACAACCAACCUGCUCUCAAUCAUCAAUGUUUAUCCAGCCAGCGUAAUAUAAGCCCUAGAGAUAAGAGUCGUCGGUGAUGAAACCAGUUUCCGUGAGAUUGAACCAGCUCAUCAGGUAACAAUCUGUUUAGAAACCAUGAUAGGGUCGAUAAGGAGACUAAGCAUUGCUGCAGGGAUUUGGCCGAAGCGAUGGACUUUGUGCAGUUCUGCUAUUAAAAGGUCUUUUCAGCGCCCAAGGCCAAUACAGGGAAGUAGCACUGUGCUUUCGAAAUAUUGGUUCUCUGGCCCCUUAACCCGCACACUGUCAACUAUGGCUCAAGUGUCCUCUGCAGAUGGUAGUCACUGUACGGCCAAGCAAGUGAAACUGAACGAUGAAAAUAAAUGUGUUCGUGUAACGUGGGGAGACGGCAAGGAGGACGAGUAUCCAUAUGUGUGGCUGCGAGAUAACUGCCAGUGCCCCGAAUGUUUUGUUUCUUCGUCUGCGUCCCGUGCCUUUUUGAUGGCAAAUCUAGACCCUGAUGUCAAACCGAAGAAUGUACAGGCUGAUGAUGAUUAUACAGUUACUGUCACCUGGGAGGAUGGUCACAACAGUUCCUUCAAGGCAGACUGGUUACUGUACAGGAGUUUCAGUUCAGAGCAGCAGCACCGGCGUCUACGCCUGUACCGCCCUGAGUGGAAACACUGGGGUGCAAAUGAAAUGCAAGGAAAGAUACCACAGUUUGCCUUUGGUGAAGUGAUGUCUGAAGAUCGCAGUCUGCAUGACUUCCUGCAUACCCUGGAUGUGAUGGGAUUAGUAAUGUUGAAGAAUACCCCUACUAUGACAGGCCAGCUGGAGAAACUCGGCAAAAGGAUUGCGUACUUAAGACCUACCAACUACGAGACGGUGUUUACUGUAAUCAACAGGAACAAAAAUGCCAAUAACCUAGCUUAUACCCGGCGAAGGCUUGGUCUGCAUAUGGAUCUGCCCUUCUAUGAAUAUUCGCCAGAGAUUCAACUGCUGCACUGCAUCAAGCAAGCUGAUGGGAUGGGUGGAAGCAAUGAAUUUGUAGAUGGACCUUACGUUGCCAAGCAAUUGAGGGACCUUAAUCCAGAGGCCUACAAAACGCUUACAACGACCUUAGUGGACUUUUACGAUGUUGGAGAAGAGGCUUACAAGUUCAACUUUGCUUAUAGAUGGCCAGUGAUAGCUCUUGGCAGAGAUGGAGAACCUGAGAGCAUUUUCUACAAUGAUCAAGUGCGUGCCUACCAACUCAACAUCCCUGCGGAAGAAGUGUAUGGUUUUUAUAAAGCACUGAAAGAGUUUCACAAACUUAUGUAUGACCCAAAGAACAUUGUUGAAGUAAAAAUGGAGGAAGGUGACAUUGUCUGCUUUGCCAAUAAGCGGGUUUUACACGGCAGAACUGGCUAUGAGAAUGUAAAGGGAGAACGCCAUCUAGAAGGAGCAUAUUUCGAUUGGGAUGAAGUCCGCUCUCGUGUCCGGGUCCUCAAAAGAGACCUUAAUAUUGAACCCUGAGGGCAUCCAAUCAACAGCCCAGAAGAUCUUUUAAAAUAUAAAGCAGCACAAUAAAGAACAUUUGAAAAUUAAACAUUAGCUUUGCAGCUAUUAGCCAACAGAAAAUGAAAAGAUAUAACUUUUAUGAUCAUACAUGUCUAGUACUAAUUAAAGUUAAUGUGCCACUAGUAACUAUAUUAUGUAAAUGAUUUGAACUACAUUUUUAUAAUAAUUACAAAUCUAAUUACAGCGAAACCAACUUUUUAGCCGAUAUAAGAUGGAGGUUUUGACUGUUAGUAAUUGUGUUAAACCAUCUGGUUAUUGGAUUUUAGUUUCUUUUGAGGGAACAGUUUUUGUUUAAAUUUUCAGAAAAGAUCAGAUGUAAGGUUCUAGCAAUUAAAUAAGUUAAAGACAAUAAUUCUGUUUUAUUACCCUUCGAUAUUUUAUUGAAUUUUUUAACCUACGCACCAGAUACAACAUAUUAUUGGCUGGCAUUCGUCUUCAGUAAAGAACCUUUUUGUUUUUGUAAAUUGAAUGUUUUUAAGAAUAGUUUUAAAAUUUUAUUUCAAAAUUUACAAGAUCCAAUACAUCUAACAUAAAAUUAGAAAGAUUGACUUGCAGGCAGACGUUGGUGUAAAACUGAAUGAAGAUUUCAGGCAAUUUGUUUGGAAUAUAUAUAGUUUUAGAAUAUAUUUUCGUAAAUGUUAAUGGCCCAAAUUAUCAAGUAUUUUUGUAGGUCAGGUUUGCAUUUCUUGCAGCAAUACAGUAUAAAGAAAUUCAGGCGUUUGUUUAUUUAUUUUUAUGUGAGUCAUACAUUCAAACUAUACUUGAUGGUACUGCCAAUUUUCCUCGUUUCAUUCUUUGUAUGUAUAUGUCACGUUUUAAAAAGCUUAAGUCUAUUGUACUUGAAGAAGGGGGACAAAAAGAGGGCAUUUAUCAAGAACUGUGAGGAGAACCAAGGAAAUAUUUGAAUUGAAAGUUUUUGACCGAGAACGACAUCCUUGGAUGUGAGGCGAAGACCAAAGAGAUGACUCAUCUUUGCCAUACAUUCUUUAUGGCAGAUAAUUUUGGAGCGAUGUUGUUUGUCAAAUGCCUAAGGAUAAAACGCUUGUACAUGUAGCUAUACUUGCGCCAUUACUCUUAUAUGUAGAAGCGUAUUGCUUGCAACAGUAUUAUUUACAUAUAUAAUCUUUUGUUGACUACAUAUCCAUUUUAGAUCCUUUUUUUGUAAGUUGGUGGAGGGUACAAUGUAGUUUUGCAGAACCUCGAUGCAAUUAACAAUAAUAAAUUUGCGUUUUAUUUCUCCUA